AUGCCUAUCAGAAACAUCGCCAUCGGAAGGCCUGAGGAGGCCACUCACCCGGACACGUUGAAGGCGGGCUUGGCUGAGUUUAUCUCCACACUCAUCUUCGUGUUCGCCGGCUCCGGUUCCGGCAUCGCCUACAAUAAGCUCACCGACAACGGUGCCGCCACCCCCGCCGGCCUCAUCGCCGCCUCCAUCGCCCAUGCGUUCGGUCUCUUCGUCGCCGUCUCCGUCGGCGCCAACAUCUCCGGCGGACACGUCAACCCUGCCGUCACCUUCGGCGCCUUCAUUGGCGGCAACAUCACCUUCCUCCGCGGUAUCGUAUACAUCAUCGCCCAGCUCCUCGGUUCCGUUGUGGCUUCCCUCCUCCUCGCCUUCGUGACCUCCUCCACUGUCCCCGCAUUUGCACUCUCGUCUGGAGUUGGAGUGGGUAACGCUUUGGUGUUGGAGAUCGUGAUGACCUUCGGUUUGGUGUACACUGUGUACGCUACCGCCAUUGACCCCAAGAAGGGUAAUUUGGGAAUCAUCGCUCCCAUCGCCAUUGGUUUCAUCGUUGGUGCUAACAUUUUGUUGGGUGGGGCCUUCUCUGGAGCAGCCAUGAACCCAGCCGUCACAUUCGGGCCUGCCGUUGUUAGCUGGACCUGGACCAACAACUGGAUCUACUGGGUUGGGCCUCUUGUCGGUGGUGGUAUCGCUGGGGUCAUCUACGAGGUCGUCUUCAUCAGCCACUCCCACGAGCAGCUCCCCACCACUGACUACUAG